AUGAUUAGUAAAUUGUCUGCAGAAUUUAUUGGAACAUUGCUUUUAACGUUUAUUGGUUCCCUUUCCGGUUUAAAUAUUAUAUCAAAUUCCAACGCUGUGUUACAUGCUGCUUUUGCUCAUGGAUUGACUGUGUUUGCUUUGGUUUCUUCUUUUGGACAUAUUAGUGGAGCCCAUUUCAAUCCAGCAAUUUCAUUAGCUGUUGUACUUGUAGGCAAAAUGAAGAUUUUAAAUGCUAUAUUUUAUUGGAUAUCACAAUUGGCUGGAGGGUUUUGUGGAGCUUUAAUUGUUAGGUUUGUGACAGACCAAAAACAAUAUGAUUCAAUUGCUGGUGGAGCUACUAUAGUCCCUCCUAAUCAACUUUGGUAUCAGGCAGCAAUGGUUGAAUUAAUUUUGACAGCAAUUUUAGCCCAAACAAUUCUUACAUGCGCUGUCGAUACAUCAACUGUUUCCAUUGCCCCUUUAGCUAUUGGAAUGACUGUUGCUUUGGAUAUAUUUGCUGGAGCCACACUUAGCGGUGCUUCAAUGAAUCCAGCACGAUCUUUUGGUCCUUGCCUUGUUGCCAGCUAUUUUUUACAAAAUGGGCCUGGCACAAAAUUAACUGAUCCAAUUUGGACUUCCCAUUUUGUUUUUUGGUUAGGUCCUUUGUUGGGUGGUGUGCUGGCAGCUUUUAUUUUCAGGACACUUUUGACUCGAGGAAACAACAGAAUAUGCCCCUGA